AUGAUCAGCAGUAAGGAAGAUAAAGUAACUAAGCAGGAAGCAACAACUAAAGGAGAGGAAAAGACUGACACUACGGAAAAAGUAACAAAGAAAGAGGAAGAGAACACCAGUAACCAAGAAAAGAAUAAGAAACAGAAGCAGACCAGUAAUGAGAGAGAAGUAAGCAAGGAACAAAAGCAGAGUAACAAGAAGCAGGAAACAACCAAGGAACAGAAAGAAAGUAACAGAAAGCAGGAACAGCAGCCGAGUAACAAGAAACAGGAGAACGUGAGGGAACAGAGACAGGUGAACAAGAAGCAGGAGCAAAGUGACAAGCAGGAAAAAUCAAAGAAGCAAGAGGAAAAUGAAGGUAAGGAGGACAGAAAGCAGGAACAGCAGCAGAGUAACAAGAAACAGGAGAACGUGAGGGAACAGAGACAGGCGAACAAGAAGCAGGAGCAAAGUGACAAGCAGGAAAAAUCAAAGAAGCAAGAGGAAAAUGAAGGUAAAGAGGAUAGAAAGCAGGAACAGCAGCAGAGUAACAAGAAACAGGAGAACAUGAGGGAACAGAGACAGGCAAACAAGAAACAAGAGGAGAGUGACAAGCAGGAAAAAUCAAAGAAACAGGAGGAGAACGGAAGUAAAGAUGACAGAAAGCAGGAACAGCAGCAGAGUAACAAGAAACAGGAGAACGUGAAGGAACAGAGACAGGCGAACAAGAAACAAGAGGAGAGUGACAAGCAGGAAAAAUCAAAGAAACAGGAGGAGAAAGGAAGUAAAGACGACAGAAGUAACAACCAAGAGGGCACAAAGAGACGAGAACAGAGCGUUGAGAAGCAAGACGUCCCAGUGUCAGAGAAGAGUGUGAAGGAGGUGGUGGCAGGGGAGCAGAUUGUGGCCCCGUCCGUGAAGGGUGAUGGGAGCAAGAAGGGCAGUGUCAGGAGCCGUGGUGACUCUGCCUCUGCCGACCUGGACUGUGACCUUGGCUCGGAGCAGGACAACAUGAACUGUGACUCAUCCAGCCUGAAAUCAAUGGACAGUGGACAGGGAAGCAGUGAGAUUGAGCCAGAGACACUGUUUGGCCCAGCAAACUUCCCAGCCUCCAAUCAGGAACAGUACAUCUUUUAUGACUUUGAGAUCCCACAGAUGCUGGUGGGCCGUCUCAUCGGGAGGAAGGGAGCGUUCAUCAACAAGAUCAAGGCAGCGACAGAUGCGACGGUCAUUGUCCACCCUCACAAGAACAGGAAAUUGAAGCUGUGCUCUGUUGAAGGCACCAAGCAACAGGUGAACGCAGCGCUGGAGAUGAUCCGCAAACACUUCCCGGAGAGCCAGUACCCGGACAUCACACUGCAGCAGGUGUCCAGUCAGCCACAGGCACAGCCACAGUUGCAGCCACAGGUCAAUGCUCAGAGCAUGCAGAUUGAGUUAACGGCUGGUGUGGUGGUGGAGGUGCGGGUGAGUGCGGUGGUGAGUGGCGGCGAGCUGUGGGUGCAGCAGCCCCUGCAUCCCUCCUACUCUGCCCUUCACCGCCUGCAGACCUGCAUGAACCUCAAUUAUGGGGACGGCUCCAACACGCCGCCUCUGCCCGGUCCCAUCAGUGAUGGCACAGUGUGUGUGGCACACAUCAACGACCACUGGAUGCGCUGUCAGGUGCUCAGCUCCAUCAACGCCAUGUCUGUGGUGCUGCUGCUGGACAUCGGCGGCACUGUCACUGUUCCCUCCUCCUCCCUGAGGCAGAUCCGAUACGACUACAUGACACUGCCAUUCCAGGCCAGCCAGUGCUUCCUCCAUGGGGUGCAGCCGGUCACAGGUGACAUGUGGAGUGACACCGCCACCUCAGUGAUGGAGGAGUUGGUGAGCGGAGUGAUCCUGUUUGCGGUGGUGGUGUCCUAUACCGAAGACUACGUUCCUUUGAUAAACCUGUACCGGCGAGACAAGGAUCAAUUUGUGCUGUUGAAUGAAAAGCUGGUUGAAUUGGAUCAUGCACAAUGGAUCUCCCCACAGCACUCCAGUUGAAAGCUGGAAAGAGCGAGUAGAAGUAGCAAACUGUCGACUCGAAUUGUGCGACCUGUGAGUGAUGCUUCCCGGCUGGACAUAGUGAGUAAUGGAAGCCCUCGCAUCACUAAUAAUAGUCUUAUAACGUUCUUGCAGUGCAGGAGUUUUAAAUUAUCACAGGGAUGAAAUCACUAUUAGUUUAUACUUGUAAAAUAUUGAGUUGAUUACAGCCUAGAUACUUUAUGCCAUACAUGAAAUUUUGACAAGACAAUAGCCAGUUUUAGUUUACAGUUCUUGUAAAUAAUGUAAAAUAAUGAUCUUUGUCUGGAUGUUUUUUUGUAAAGCCGUGCCGUUCGUUCGGAGUACCAACGAUGCAAACAGAGAAGGUAGAUUUUUAUCUUUUAUAAGCCGGUAAUUUUAAUUAUAAAUUUUGGCUGUGACAGUAUAUUGCUUUUAUUUGUAAGACUGCAUCUGUGUGCUAGAAUUGUAUGUUCUGAUCAGACCCCAACACAGCUACCGCUUCUUUAUAGCUUUAUGAUUCAUACCUGUGAGGUCACGGUAGGAGUAAGGCAGUGGAUAGUGUGGCGUAGUGUGUAGCGUAGCAGACACAAGGGAAGAGCAAGGCUACCUGUAGAUUAGACACCCUUAAUGUAAAGUCCUUUGCGGCUCUGGGGAGAAUAAUUGUAAGCAAGUUCAGGGUUUUGUGUUACGUUACCUUUUGUUUUGUGUGUAUUUAUGGGUCCCCGUGAUUGCACAACACACACACACACACACACACACACACACACACACACACACACACACACACACACACACACACACACACACACACACACACACACACACACACAUCAAUACCUAUUUAAAGAACCUCUUCAGUUUUGCAUCAAGGGAAGAGAUUACACAUCUUCCCUCAUCACUUCAAUACUGCUGGUCUCUCUCUCUCUCUCUCUCUCUCUCUCUCUCUCUCUCUCUCUCUCUCUCUCUCUCUCUCUCUCUCUCUCUCUCUCUCUCUCUCUCUCUCUCUCUCUCUCUCUCCACAGUAUGUUCACCACAGCGCUUGACGUAAGAAUGUUUUGCUCUUGUUACUUGUACCUUUACUAUCUCAUUCUUAGCACUAUUUGUCAUCACACACUUCACAGCCACACUAAAGAUACGUUAGGCAGUAAAAAGAUUAAGUUACAGUCAAAGCCAAAAAAAUGAAAAGGAAAAAAUCUAAAAAAAAAAAAACUCGAUAGCUCAUGGUAAUGGGCCACAUGUUUCACUUCCAGAUGGAAAAAUAUUAAGUAAUGUGAUUUGUAUUUUCAGUUUGCGAAGGAAAGUAUUUGGUAAUUAAACUCAAAUUAUCUAUAGGCAAUGCUGUAUUAAGUAAUGUCAUUUGUAUUUUCAGUUUGCAAAGGAAGUAUUUGGUAUUAAACUCAAAUUAUAUACAGACAAUGCUGUAUGAACUUUGUGUCGAGGGUUUUUUGAUGAGGUGAAAUGUGUGUUGUGAUGUGGUUGUGUCAUUGCAACAAGGACAGAUUAUUUUCACCUCUCCUUUGUUCUGAGUUGUGGUCAGCAUGAUGAGAAGGUUAAUUUCUGAGUGUGAAACAUUAACCUCUUAUCCCUUUUUAUGGUUUGAUAUUUAUAGUUUAAAAAAUUGGUCAUCCAUAAUUUGUCUACAUUUCACCUUUUUUUAUAUAUAUAAUUAAAUAGCACUCAUUACUGAAUUACUGGUUGAAUUUCAGUUCUAUGAAGCUUGAAAAUAACCUGCUGAAUCCCAUUACAGCAAGUAGAAAAGCAAACAACAUAGUGUGUUUCAUGUCAACAUAAUAUUGAACAGAUUAUAAAAGCCCAGUCCACAUAACUCAGCACCGAGCACACUGUCUGCAUGCACAAGCAGGGACUUUACCUGUUUAUGUUUGUGCACACAGGCAGACCAGGGGAGUGCACAUGCUGGUGACUGUGUUGUCACCAGUUGGAAAAGGACUUUUUGUUGGGUCACUGCCAGACAAAGUUUCUCUUGAAGACAAAGCACUGUCCUUGAUACUAUUAACAAUAAUGAUCAGCAAAAAGUCUCUCUUUUUACCUACAAAAGAUUGCUGACCUAGACAACAUUUCUUAAUGUGUUAGUUCAGAACUAUAUUGACUAUCUUCUUUGUAAAAUAUUAAAAUGGAUAAGGACCAGCUUCAUUGGCUCCUAUUGGUUUGUGACUGCCCCAGACCAUUCACUUGUGCUGCUGGUGAGCACUGCUAGAGUUUGUGGACAGAGCUUGAGAAACACACUGCUUCCAGAUUAAUAAAUACCACAGCCAUCACAUUAUACCUUGUUACAUUGUUGCCUGGUUGGCUGAUGCUUAACUUGUAGUGGUAUUGUAAAGUGAGUGGUUAUACCUCAUGCUGUUCUGAAGUCAUGCAGUGUGUCCUUCCUCCAGCUUCAAAACAAUGAUACAUCACCUGAAGGGGUCAUGCUAGCCUCUGUUUCAUACUGUACUGGUUUUUACAUUGAUCAUGAACCUAUAGUGCAAAGACCACACUGCCAAAAAUUUUAAGUUUAUGCCGCAUUCUCAAACUACACUCAGCUCAAGGACAUUAUUUUUUUUACACAGAAGAAAAUGGAUCCUGUUUUAAACCGUAACCAAAUUUUUGACACAGUAAUCCAAGUUCACAUUACAAAACUUCUCACAGCAAGGCAAGUUUACUGAUAAUGGUAACCAGGUAACAAAGUUUCAAGAUUUCAUGCAGUUACUGAAGCAAUAACUAUCAUAUCUCACCAUGGGAAUAAAUACAGAGAUUCCCAACCCCUCACUCAGUUCUCUCUUAGUUGCCUUGCAUGAUGGGCAGGGAGUAAAGUGGCAGUGUUGCUCCUGCAGAGCUGUGUGAUAGGCCGUCCCCAUAGCAGAUAUCUGUGAAAGGAGUUGGAGAUUAAGGUGAUAAGCACAGCCUUGUGUGGUGAACUACACUGCAGUCCCUUUGGAGUUUUAAAUGGUUAACAGAGUUAUUUUGAUUUGUUGCAAAGCUGUGCUAAGUCAAGGUUGAGCCUGUAUGUAUUACACAGCUCUUUUAGACUCUCAUAGCCACUGACGUGUGUGUGUGUGUGUGUGUGUGUGUGUGUGUGUGUGUGUGUGUGUGUGUGUGUGUGUGUGUGUGUGUGUUUGAAAAGUCAUCCCUUGGUCUCCUGUCUUUCUUUGGCUGACUGAUUGAGGAAAAUGUACUGGCUGAUGUAAUUUGGUGUUUUCAGUGGUAGUAUUUACAGAUAUUUAUUGUUGUCAACAAAUCUGACUACAAAUAAUAAGUCACUAUUUAUUAUACAAGUUUGUCUAAUUCAGGCUGUACUACCAGUUUUGUAAAUAGUUGUAUGGUAUUCAAUUAACUUGGUUUAUUUGUUAUUUUGAAGUGUUUCUUCCAAUGUUCUAACAGUAGAUAGGUGCAGUUUUGAGCGGCUAUUUGCUUCAUAUUUUAAGCUGUAUAUGUGUACAUAUAGAUAGAUAUUUUUGUAUGGCAGAAAUGAACAUUUUAUGGAUAUUAUCUAUCGCCAUGUCACGAAUGGUGUCAGGCUGCCCCAUGGUACACCAAACAUUGAACCUUCAUUGCACACUGCUGGAUAAAUUGCCGGUGUUGUGAGUCACUUGUGAAAAUAAUUGGUGUCAUGAUGCCAAACUAGACACUACAACAAGUAUGUAGUAACACCUUCAAGUAUGGUAAAGUGGUAAUAGUGCAGACCAUUACAGGUAUUGAUUGUACCCUCUGCUGGAGACAGUACACAAUACUUAAGUCAUCAAGUAACUGUAAUAGGAUGUCCAAUCCGAUUCUUUUAUUUUAUUUUUAUAUGUAAGAAUGUUACUGGUCAAAGGCAAUAAAGCUACAGCUUACAAGAACUAAGCUAGCAUACUGAACCAUUCAUGCACCACUGCACCUUCUCCUGAUGUUAUUUAUGCAGUUUCUUAAAUCUGUGGGUCAGGCUGACAUCCCAUACUGGAGGUUGCCAAAUCAAAUGCUUUCAUAUUCUGGGCAAAAUGUUUGAUGUACCAGAAUGGAGUGAUGCAAUUAUUAAGUCAAGUGGGCAGUUACUGUACUUGCUUCCUUCGUAUUCUUAGAUGAUUGCGAGUCUUGACCUGCAUCAUGACCGGGAAAGUUUAUCCCAUUACUUCUCAUGACCUUUUGUUAUUGCAAUGACAAGGAUUUGGCAGUGACUUUAGUACAAGAUGUUACUUAUAUAAUUUAUAUAACUUUAUUUAUUUAUUCCUUUAUUUUUUAGAAGCAAGUUGAGUAUCUUCCUCAGGAUUGAUUUUUGGUGAAGGUUUAUUCAUAUGUGGAGAGGAUUAAGGACCCCAAUGGAAAGGAAGUGGAGGUGAAUGUGCCUUUGUGCAAUACCACAAAAAUGAAGGAAAGGUUAAUAAUGUUACUGCAGCUACAGACUCACUGGUUAUCUCUCUACAUGACACUUACAGCACUUUAAAACUUGUGUUCAUUUCUCUUGUCUUUCACUAUGAAAAGAUGAUCUUGAAGUGUUCAUUUCUCUAUUUUGAAUUUGAUUAGUGUUCAUUUCUCUUAUCUUUCUGACAUGAAGAUUAUUUUGAAGUGUUCAUUUCCUUAUUAUGGAUUUAAAUGCUCAUUUCCCUCAUCUUUCCGACAUGAACAGAUAUCUUGAGGUGUUCAUUUCUCUAUUUUGGAUCAUAAAAUCCUAAAAUGUUAAUUUCACUCCUUAUUCUCAUCUCUAAACUUCACGUUACUGUUAAUAUUUUCACUAUUUCCAACUUAAAAUACCUAGUGUGUGUUUGUCAAUUUUUGCUUCGGAAUCUCCAAAAUCAAACAAGUUCAAACCUCAGGCUGAAGACAGCCACAAUGUCUCCUUGGUGUUCAAGAGGUUGUCUGAAGCACAGGCUUUGUGAAUGCUGGGAACCAUUUCACAUGAAAUUUUAAGUGAUUCAAGCCCUUUCUGUAUGAGUUUGGCAUGUAUGCACUCUACUGUGGUGAUCCAAAGUACAAUGUAUGUAUCAUUUUCAGACUGUGUACAUAGUUAUUUUGAGAUAUACAAACUGUGCUGUAGGAUAUGUAUGAGUAGGUCUUGAUGUUUGGUUGUUGAUGGAGGGGAGAGAAGCUGUAUCCCAGAGUGAGACCACCACACUUGUGAUGGCACCACACUUGUGAUGACAGGUAUUGUGGAACAUUCUUGUGACCUCCAAAAUUCACUAGCUUGUAGAUGAUUGUGAGGUGACAUCUUUUUCUGUGACCUGUUCAAGAAUUAAAUAGUUUAACAUCGAAGAAAAGGUGUAACAAGAUUUACUGAAGUAAGGGAUAAGUAAAAGAAAAAAAAAAAAAAAAAAAAAAAAAGGAAAAAAGAAAAAGGUAUUAAUUAAAAGCAGGAAAAAAUUUAAAGAAGUGUUACAAGACCAUGUGAAAAGUGUGUUUACAUCAGUGUUGUUCUUUACAUUUUUAUUCUAGACACCAUGUUGUAAUCUUUCUUGGGAUGUGUCGUGCCUGAAUCCUCUGUUCACCAGCUUUGUAUUGUGUGUUCCUUGCUUAAACAAUUUCUCAGGUGAUGCCAGCCAGAUAUUUCUCAUCCAGGUUCUCAGGGAGGUGCAUGUGUGUCUGUACCCGGACUCCCAUACCUAGAGGUUCACUGCUGAUGUGUACAGUACGGUUUAUACUGAGGAUUGCAUUCUCUAAAGUCUUAGCUUCUUGUCCAGAUUACUUUUAACAGGUUGUAGUGGAAGUCCUAAGGGGUUUUUAAGAUGUUUCUGUAAUUACAAUGAUCAUGCAGCAAGGAUUACACUAUCACUACAAAAUAAAACCAUGAGAACCCAAUUAAUCAUCAAUAAGGUCUCUGAAAUUAGUCCUUGUAAGAGAAAGAAAUGAUUUAAGAAUACAAGCCUGACAUGUGAGCCAAUCAUGACCCACUAACCUGUAAUACUCACGACACAUUCACCUGCUGAAUAAAUAAGCAAUACUCACGACACAUUCACCUGCUGAAUAAAUAAACCAUGCAGGAAGGAAUCUGACACAUUUGGGAUGCUUGCCUGAUAAUUAAUUGGAGUAUUUCAUGAAGUCCUAUUGUGUGGAUUACCUCAGAGUGUGUUGUCAUCCAGACCGCUGUAGCACAGAUGGCAGGACUGCAUGUGGGGAAACCAAAGGUUGGCAUCCACUGACUGCAGGUCCAGAGGUAUCAGUGAUACAGGCACUGGAGCUGUUGCAGUGUUGGGGACUCCUGCAAUACAAAGUUCGUAGUCAAAUUUAUUCUUAACAUUAUUUAACAUGCAAUGAGGUAAUCCAAAACAAUAUAAACUAAAUAAAAUUUUCUUAUUCUGGUCAAAAGAAAAAGAUGGCUACAUUUUCUGAGUUGUUUGGAGUGUAGCUUAGGAGUUUAAUGUGUUCCAGCAGCACUUCCUUUAGUAUUGAAGACUAAUAAUUCUUUUCAGUUAUUUUGGAUUUAAGGAAACCAUAUCAAUUGUUUAAAAAAAAAAUUGUUUGUAUUUCAUUGUUGUACUACAAGGACAAUAGAAGAGUAACAAUACUCAUCUCCACUGUGUCUUGUGCAAUCCUCUGAUCAAUAAAUUCAAGUGUUGGGUUUUGCUAAGAGAACAGGACUCACUGAUAAAUAAUCUUUUCCAUAGUCACAGGCAACUCCUAUAUGUACUACAACUAUGGAUGCAUGUAACUAGCUCUAUUAUACCUAAGCUCCUAGCAGUAGUAAGGUGGUCCAGCAAGCUAUUGAGUGUGAUGCCUGUUUGAGCCUUCCUAUGUGGGAUUGCCAGCCUGGUAUAAAGAUGAAUGAAUGUACAACAGUCUCCUCAAAUUUCGUAACAUAAACAAAAUUAACCGGACAUUAUAUUUGUGUCCAUGGAAGAUAAUCUAAUAUUGUGACUUAAAGAAGAUGUAAGAUGGUUAAGAGGAAGCAAAGCACAGUGGAAAUGAGUGAGUGGGGGGUUACUCUAUGGUCACCAGUGUACAAAGACAACUCAUGUGGUGAUGACACUAUGCAAGCUGCUGUGGUGUGAGUGUGUGGCAUCCACCCUGGGCUGAGAGGCGGCUGUCAGUGGGUGAGCUGUGGUUGUAUCCUCUGUUCUUAAUUAGGUAUAUUGUUAUCCUAUGUGUGCAGCCUGAAUUAGGGUAAGCAAAAUUUUAAAGGUGAUAUUUAUGUUCUGUAUGUAUGUGUGGUAAACCAGUAUUUUAUAUGAAUGAAAAAUAAACGUAUGCAAAAAUG